AGGCCUUACAGAACCAUGUUCCAGUUAUCCAAGCGAUAUGGUCCUAUCUACAGCUUAAAGCUGGGAUUUCAGAAAAUGGUCAUUCUGACAGGCUAUGAGACUGUAAAGGAGGCUUUGGUGAACCAAGCAGAUGCCUUUGCGGAGAGGGCCAGAGUCCCAAUCUCUGAAAUAGUUUCAGAAGGCCAUGGAGUUAUUCUUUCUCAUGGUGAGAACUGGAAGGUGAUGCGGCGGUUUAUGUUAACCACGUUGCGUGACUACGGAAUGGGCAAGAGGACCACAGAGGACAGGAUUGUUGAAGAAUGCCACUUCCUAAUACAGAAACUUGAAUCCUACAAUGGAAAGCCAUUUGAGACCACUGUAAUCAUGAAUGCUGCUAUUGCCAAUGUUAUAGUGUUCAUAUUACUCGGCAAGCGCUAUGACUAUGAAGAUCCCACUUUUGUGAGACUACUGAACUUGGUCAAUGAAAAUAUCCGUCUUGCCGGAAGUCCCUCGGUCACGCUGUACAACAUGUUUCCUCCUCUGGGUUUUCUUUCUGGUGGUCGCAACACUGUCCUUAAGAACAGGAAAGAACUGCAUGCCUUCAUACAGGCCACCUUCGUAGAACACCUCAAAGAACUGGAUGUGAAUGACCAGAGGAGCUUUAUCGACGCUUUUCUAAUCCAACAGCAAGAGGAGAAGAACAGGAACCAGAGCAAUGAAUUUUUCCAUAACGAAAACCUAAAGUCUGUUGUAACUGACUUAUUUAGUGCUGGCAUGGAGACCACGUCGACUACCUUGCGUUGGGCCCUGUUGCUGAUGAUAAAGUACCCUGAAGUUCAGAAUAAGGUCCAAGAAGAAAUUACCAAGGUGAUUGGGUCUGCUCAGCCUCGCAUUGAACACCGAUCAAAACUGCCGUAUAUAGAGGCGGUAAUCCAUGAAGUCCAGCGGUUUGCUAACAUUGUCCCUCUGGCCAUCCCACAUGCGACCACUGUGGACGUCACCCUGAAAGGCUACUUCAUUCCUAAGGGAAUGGAAGUAAUUCCAUUACUGUACUCUGUGCUGUACGAUGAAUCUCAGUGGGAAAAACCACUUCAGUUCUAUCCGGAGCACUUCCUUGAUUCCGAAGGAAAGUUUAGAAAGAGAGAAGCCUUCAUGCCUUUCUCUGCAGGGCGGCGAAUCUGUGCUGGUGAGACCCUGGCCAAAACGGAGCUCUUCCUCUUCUUUGUGACUCUCCUGCAGAGAUUCACUUUCCAGCCAGCCCCUGGAAUCUUGAGAGAAGACCUGGAACUCACCCCUGCAGUUGGGUUUACGUCGCCUCCCAUGGCCUACGAUUUGUGUGCUUUGCCACGUUCUUAAGAUCAAAGGAUGCUUAUGCUCCCCUGUGUGCACCACCCUCUUUUUUGCACUUUUUCUUGCCUGCCAAGGACAUUUCAGACUCUGUGCAAGUGGACUAUGCUUUGUCACAAACCUUAGUGCUUCCUGCGCCUGUCUGUGAAACCCCUACAGAGACAUUACUUAGUUCAAAAUUUGGACUGCACUUCUUGAGUUAUUUGUGUUUGCUACUUUCUUGUAUUCGCACAUUACGGAUGUCUUUAAACUAUUGAAACAGCCAAAUUAGACUACAGCGAUGGUCUGCUUUCAAGUGAGAUCAAUCAAAUGCUACGCGCCGUGUACAUAAAACAAAUACGUUUCAUUAGGGCUAUGUUUUAGACGUUAGAUUUGCUUCACAAACCCAGAAGGCCACUGGUUUGCUUACCCAUUCCACUCACUUUGGAACUUGUUUGAGCAACUAUACCACCUUAAGUCUGAGAAGGACAUGUAAAAGAAGGACUUUGGGGGCAGAAGAAGGAAGAAGAACCACCCCCCGUACCUCUCUGACUGUCAGAGAGGUGCAGGCUCAUUGGGUUUUCUCCCUGCUUCUGCAGCCAAAGUCAGCUGGGGAAGCAGGAAGAAGUCCUCCUCCUGCGCCUCUCCAACAGUCAGAGAUGUGCAGCAGCUCAUGUGGGCUCCGGAGGGAUGGGGAGGGGAGAGGAGGGACUGAAAGUGAUGGGUCAGGGCUAAUCCGGUAGGGGGUGUUGCCUCAAAA